CCUUGUUAUGUCAUCCUAGCCUGGUCUUGUUUACAUGCGUGCUUCACGCAAAGUUCCUCUGGCGUUUUUGUGGCGAAAAUAGGCAAAUAAUUUCGAGUUUUUAGGUAAAAUGAAUUGUUUAAAUAAGUUAAAACCGCUUGCCAGCAGCGCUGGCAUGCUAUCCCGCACCUACGCAUUCAAAUCGGACCUGAAAAUCAAGUGGGUCCGACCGGAGAAAAUCCCCUGCUACAAGCCGCAGAAGAGUGGCGAUUUGCACCCGAUGCGACCGAUUGCCGGUAGCGAGCUGCUGAAGGAUUUUCAGAAUUCGAAGGAGCUGGAGAGUGCGGAUGAUACGGUACGAGCAAUGUUCUCCCUCGAGAAUAAUCGCCGGCGGGAAAUGCUUGAAAAUUUCAAAGAGGAGAUGGUGAAACGGGUUCAACGGCAUGAGCUGGAUUACGGCUCAGUGGAGGCCAAGUUGGGCCUGAUGACUGCGCAAAUCAGAAGUCUGCAGGAAGUUAUGGAAAAGUUCCCUCGGCAAUCUGCUGCGAAGGUGCAUCUGAAGGAGUUGAUCGACAAGAGGAAACGUUUUCUAAGAUACCUGAGACGUUGGGACUACCGGAGGUUUGAGUAUGUUCUUGAAAAGCUGGAUUUGGUGUAUAAGCCGUAUCCGACGCACUUCCAUUGGAUCACCCGCAAGGAUUCACUCCGUAAGCUGACCGACAUCCACUGCGAUGGCAUCAAGAGCACUCGCCUACAAAGCUACCGCGAAUUGCUGGAAUCCCAACAGUUGGACUUCCUUGCCAAGAAGUUGGCAAACUUGGAGUUCAUUCGGAAGGAGCAGAUGGAGUGCAAGGUUCCCGUCACGGUCACCGUGGAGCAGAUCCAGGCGGUGAAAAAGCAGUACGAAGAGUUGAAGGAAAAACGAAAAUUGCUGGAGGAAAAAACACACGAAGAGGAGUGAAUAUGCUUUGUUAUAAAAACUUGUUUAUUUCGUGUAUAAAAUAAAAUAAAAUUAGUUACUAGUAGAGUAUUAAA